AUGGCCGCUUGUAACUUUAGCGGAUUGAGAAGCAUUUCCAACCGUAUAUUUAUUAUAGGUCUGCCGGUGCUACUGCUAGUCCAACUACUGGUAAGUUUAACGGUGCCGCGCGCAUCCAGCGACGCGAGCGGUGACGAGCCUGCUUUUCUCGUUAUAAGCAUAGAGAAGAGUGGCGGCUCAGCGUCGUCUGAGGUUAGAAAAAGCGAGCGGGAGUUGGGUCUCUGGACUGACGAGCAGGACUCAAGACUGACAGGAUACCAGGACGAAAACGAGCUUGAAGGACGCCAGGCCACGGCUAGAGAGUUGAUACUGCAGCCAUGGGCAUCAGAACAUCCCUCGUUUUUUGCAGAGUUGCAGCGUCUCACCAAGUUCAUCACCACAACAGAGGUGAACUGCUCUGUGGUGCAGGAUUCAGAUGGAAAUCAAUCAACACACUCUUCUGGUCACUUAGAUGUUUUGUGCAUCAACCACUGGAAGGGCAAAUGGGGCUGUGUGGCCUACUCAUUCAGUCUGGAUGGGAAGGAUGCGGCAUUUUUAGACACAAUGUUGUAUGCGGGGUGUGAGGUUCAUCGGUUUGACCCCAGCGGUCGGGGGAGUCGAGAGCUUGCAUCUAUUAAGAAUCAUCGGGCUUGGUUAGACUGGAGAAAUCCACACCGUCAUGCAGGCCUCGUGGGUAAUGUACAACACAGGCUGCUUGACAUUAUGGACUCCCUGGGCCACACCAUGGUGGAUGUUCUGCGUAUGGAUUUGGAGAGCGCUGAAUGGCGCAUAUUAGAAAGCUGGAUUAAGGAUGGAACUCUCAGAAGGAUCAAUCAGCUCAUUCUGACCAUUCAUAUGCAGUGGGCGGGGUUUGAGGUGGGUGGUGCCGAAGAGGAGGUGGUGCGUUUCUGGUACAGUGUACUGAGAACCCUCCGCAUCUCAGGACUCCAACUCGUGCAUUCGGCACACGGCCCGGGACACAUAGUGCUGAGACACAAACUGGCCAACUCACACAGCUCAUACACACUCAGCUGGAUAAGGACAAGCGAGCAGCCCAGAUAGCCAACCGAAGAAUCACUGCAAAAGACACUUAGAUGCAGAAGCUAAACUCCAAUUCCAUGGAAAAGAUGACAGAUGUGUCUAAGAGUACUUUAAACUAAAACAGCAUAAUUUAAUGAGGCUGACGUGUUGAAUACAUACAAAUAUACAUCACAUUUCUAAGAGUUAAAGUUGCAUAUUAGUAUUAUUUUGUUUCUCUGCACAGGCUAAGACAUGCCGUCUAGUGGUUGUGAACGGUAUUGCAAUGAUUCAACUGCGUUUGUGCGCACAAUUAAAUCUGCUGUGAUAAUUUUUAACACGUUAAAUUAACGUAAUUUUUAUAAAACAGGGCUACGUGCAAUAUUUUACAAGUGCACUCUUUUAUAUGAA